AUGAAUGUCACAUCAGGGAAUGAUUUAGCCGAUGGAACGCCUUCCGAACAUGAAAAUGGAGCUGCACCAACCAUUCCAUCUUCACCCAUUCAUUACUUCCCUCCAGCAGUAAGGCAAGCUGCCUUCAACAGUAGGUCGAGUUCACAUAGUUCAAUGGGCUCUUUUCACCACCGUGGGCCUUUAAACGACGGCGAUCACCAACUAUCACGACCAAGCACUCCCUUAAGCAUCGCUGCACCAGAAUCCGUAGCAGGUGAUUCUGGAAUAUCCAGAUCAUGGGUUUCAAAAACGCAACCUAGUGUGCUACAACAUCUGCAGAAACAUGCCUCAACCUUCGGACUUGACGUUUCGUCAGUGAAUUCAGCCACUGCCUGCUUCGGUGGCAAUAUGGAAAAAGCCGAAGAUAAUAAAAAAAUGUCAACUCAAGGAGACAGCAUACAUCACCAAGGCCCGGCUUUCUUAUCAUGGAGAAAAUUACACUUGAGCAAAGCCAAACUGAAAGCAGCAAGUAACACAUCUGCCCUUUUAGCAGGAUUCGCAAUGGUAGCAGUGGUUGAGAUACAGUUAAAUAACAACAACCCAGACAGUGAACAACUCCCCAAGCCACUUUUGUUUUUAUUUGCUAUAUGCACAACCAUGCUAGUCGCAGUACACAUGCUAGCCCUGCUAAUUUCAACAUGCAUCUUACCCAACAUGGAAGCCAUCUCCAACUUGCACAUACUUAGUUUAGUGAAUGAGUCUCCACAUGAAAAGAUGCACAUGUACAUUGAGCUGGCAUGGGGUUGUUCAACAGUUUUGGGUAUUCUCCUUUUCAUGGUUGAAGUGGCAAUUCUUUGUUGGAUUCAGUUCUACAGCGUUUUAAAGGAAGCUGCUUACGUUGCCACAGCGAUUCUAGUUCCGUUCGUAAUUCUCUUCAUUUGGUUUGCUAUCAUCUUUUACCGAAACCUAGUGGCGCAUACCUAUGAAACGCGAAAAUGUGGCAUCCAAGAACUUGAAGAGCUUAAACAUGUUCUUGAAAUGGGUGAUGAGUUGACAACCACGCGGGAAAUUCGCAAUGGUCCAUUGGUUAACAUAAUUUAAAAAGCGAUCCUCAUUUUAAAUUCUCAACCAGGUGUACCGAUCGCCCAAAAUGUCGUCUUCCUGUCGUUAUUAUUAUUAUUUUUAUUAAUUACGCACAGAAUUUGUAGCCAUUGUUGGUUGUUUAACUCUGUCUUCUAAUUCGAGGCAAUUAACUCCACCGGUUACUCUUUUUGUUAUUCAUUUUCUUUUUUUUUUUUUUCAUUUGCGUAUUGCGUUAUUACCGUCGCGACUCCUCUGGAAAUGGUUUCUUUUGGUAUUUAUGAGCAGCCAAUGAGUAUAACAAUGUUAGGUGUUUCUAAACAAUAAUGAAAGGAAAUCAGAA